AUGACGGCUAACCAGAGCGGUCGGAGCAGCGACAUGAACACUGCAAAUUCAUCAUCAAACUGGAAGGUUGAUCGACGGACUAGAGACAUCGAAAUUCGCCACCAUACAGGAGUCAAAGGCAAAACUGGAGUUUUUGCCCGUCGUAACCUUACUCAUGGCUACCAGAUCACCGGCGCAAAACACCCAAUAUUUGUUGCUCCCAUUGUACCCAGAGAACCUCCUAAUGAUCUUGCUUCCCUGUGCGAAAUGAAGAAAAUCAACUGUAACGCGCCGAUAUCCAUAUGCUACGACAAGUUCAAACGAGACAACGCCUGCCCGAACCCUGCGAUGACCACUGGUCUUAACAAGGCUUUGGCUCCAAACAUCAACCAUGGUUGCCCAGGCUGUGCGCAGGCAACAUUCAUAGUUGCUGAAACUUACGACAUUACGUUGACGCUUGAGAAGGAUGUCAGAGCAGGCGAGGAGAUAUUGAUUGACUUCAGUCAGGCCCGAUCACGCCUCAGAUGUUCACUUUGCCACACCAAGGAAUCUAAAUGGAAAUGGCGGAAACGCCAAUUCAAAGAAUUUCUCGCAAAACUUGACCCGCACAACAUAUUCAGGACCGCCGAACGUCUGGAAUGA